UGAGUUCUGAGAUGUGACUUGAGAGAGAAGAAGACAGAGUUCUUCUGAGCAAGAGGCUUCUCUCCAAGUCAAAAUGACCUUGUGUCCACCACAUCCUCCCAUCAGCCAACUAAAGAUUUCAUGAAUGCACUUUGUGGUAUGGGAUAAGAUCUUUCCAGAGUAAUAAGCAUGGUUCGAGAACGAAAAUGCGUAUUAUGUCACAUAGUGUACAACUCAAAAAAGGAGAUGGAAGAACACAUGAGAAGCAUGCUUCAUCACAGAGAACUUGAAAACCUGAAGGGAAGGGACAGCAGCCACGAAUGCCGGGUGUGCAGGGUGACACUGGUGGGUUUGUCAGCAUAUGCCAAGCACAUCUCCAGCCAGCUGCACAAAGAUAGUGUUGAUGCCCAUGACAGAAAAGAAGAAGAGAAAGAAGAGGCAGAAGAAGAAUACUUUGACAAAGAACUUAUUCAGCUAAUCAAGCAAAAGAAGGAACGGAACCGGCAAGCUGAACCAGGCUGUGCAAACAAAGAAUUAGAAUGUGAAGAUAGGAGAUCACAGAGAAGGCGAGAAGAAAGAGGUACUUACAAAGAAAGAGAAGCUUAUGAUCAGUCAUCAUGGCAUCAUCAUAAUGCAUCACAAAGGGACUGGAAGUGGGAAAAGGAUGAUUAUAUUAGUCCUAGACAAGGCAAAUUUUCACACUCUCAGAGGAUCCUUAAUACAAACAGACAUUCAGGUGGCCCAAAGGGCCGCUCUGGGAGGCACCAAAACGUUUCAGGAAGCUCUUCAAAUCGGCAUAACUAUGUGAAUUCUGGAAGUGCUUGGCAUGCAAGAGGGCGGGGAGAAGGAAAAUCAAAUUGGCAUCACGGUGCCAGGGAGAGAAAUUCUACUUGGCACUCAGAAGGAACAAGUCAUUUUUCUAGCUGGAAUUCCAAGAGUUAUGGAGGAAACUGGAAAUCUAGUUCUCAUGGUGCAAAUGGCUGGAUUUUUGGAAACUCGGGAGAUGCAUAUUCAGUAGAGCCAAAUAAAUACAAUAAGGAAAGAUAUGCAUGGCAGCGUCAGGAGAAAGACACUGAUGUUCUGCCAUACAGAGAUCAAAAAAAUAGGGGUGACUUGCUUGAUUUUACUAGUGAUAAACUUCCUUCUGAGGGUAUGUUGGAUUUUGGUAUGUCGAAGCAACAAGAAAGCAAAAUUUCAAGAUCCAGUGGAAAAAGUGGCAGUCCUUCCAGAGAUAAAAUGUAUCGCUGGACUCCCUAUCCAUCCCAGAAAGCUGCAGAGCAGCAACCACAGUCUGAAGAUAACAUUUCUAAAAGUCCAGAUAAAAUGGGUUCUGUAUUUUUGCCUCUUACUGAUUCAUCAAUGAAAGGAAAAACUUGUGAAGUCAAUGUUAGCCUUGCAAAACUUAAAAAAUGUGAAGCAUCUUCCCCUUGUAAUAUAACCUCAGAUCACCUUGAUUCUUGCAAGGUAAUGAAAGACUGUUCCAGUGGUGAAAAGCCUGACAAAGACAAUGGCAGAAGUAAUAAGAUGCCAUCACUGAAAUCCCCCCUUCUGAAUAUCACAGAUGUGAAGUUACCUUCCCCAAAGCAAGACACAAACAGUCUCUUAAAAAAUGUCAGGCUUCUGUUAUCCUCAACUAGAGACAAAGAGCAGAAUCAUUUGAAUGCACUGAACUUGGAAACAAACAGUUUCUCCUCUUAUUCAUCGAAGCUGAAGGGUGCAUGUCCUGGGAACUUACAAGACAACAAAGAUGUGCUUGGUAGAAAUCUUGUAGAGCCUAUUAAUAACUUAAGUGAAGCGGAACAAAACCCCAAAGAUGUUCAGUCCAACCCUUCCUUGCAAAAUAUUACCUUAAGCUCCUGCAAGGAUACAGCUGACCAGAAUGGGGAAGAAACUGGGAAAGUAUUGCCAAAGAGUGAGUUCAGACUAGAUUUAUUAGAAGAUGUAAGCGAUGAUGAUUUAACAGGAAGUGAGAAGUCAGAAGUAAGAAUUGAAAAGUUGUGUUCUUCUGUUAGUUCUUGCUUACCCUGUGAUACUCCAGAAGGUAAACCUGCCACCUCUGAAAAGGAAGAUGAUGAAAAGCCAGCUCCUUCAAGUAUUGCUUCUGCUGACAUAAAAGAUUCUAUGUUUCAGAUGGAAUCCACAGUUUCUCCAUCAAGUGGUCAGGACCAUUUGACUGUGGAUUUGAAAACCUCCUCACAGGAUGGAGAAGGGGAUGAAGAGCAAGUCAAGUCACACGAUCACUUUGAAAUGGAAGGUUUUGAAAAUCCUUCAGAUCAUGAGCUGCAAAAAGGAGGAAGCCAGUCACUAGGCCUCCUUCCUGAUUUAAGUAAACUUGGCCUUCCUGCCUCUCUGCAAAGAGACCUGACACGACAUAUUAGUCUGAAGAGCAAAGUUGGGACACAUCUUCCAGAGCCCAAUCUCAAUAACGCACGUCGCAUUCGGAAUGUGAGCGGCCAUCGGAAAAGUGAGACUGAGAAGGAGUCGGGGCUUAAACCCACCCUCAGGCAGAUUCUUAGUGCUUCCCGGCGAAAUGUAAACUGGGAUCAAGUCAUCCAGCAGGUAACCAAGAAGAAACAGGAACUUGGCAAAGGUUUACCAAGGUUUGGCAUAGAAAUGGUGCCUCUUGUACAAAAUGAGCAAGAGGGUCUAGAACUUGGUGAAGAAUCUGAUCUGUCUACUCUGGAAGGAUUCCAGUGGGAAGGAAUUUCCUUAGCAGUGCCUGGCUCAGCCAGAAAACGUAGCUUUUCUGAAAGCAGCGUCAUUGCAGACAGAAAUCCUUCUGCUUAUAGCUUCUUCAGUGAACAAGCCAAAAUAAAUGAAAGUGGGCAAAGGCAAAUAAUUGCAGCUAACCACUCACAUCACGUAACAUCUGGGUGCAAGACAAGUGCUGACAUUGAGGCUGACUUGAAACAGGAGACAUCUUCUCUUCCUUUGUCACCAUUUAUGUCGGAAAGAACUGAGACUAGUGGAAGAAGACACAGUCUACAAGCCACCUCUGAGGUCACAGGCCUCACAAAACAAGACCAGGAGAGCCCGGAGAAGAGAAUACCUCUUCUUGAAAAACAAAACGUACUAGAAAUCUCAGAAGAAAAUCAUUCAGCUUCAACUAAUGCUUCACUUCUUGCAGUGUCUAAUAACGUGGAUGCAGCUACAGACAGUAGCUGCACAUCUGGUACUGAGCAGAAUGACAGCCAAGGAAUUGGAAAGAAACGAAGAGCAACUGGAGAGGGAUCUUCUCCUGAAAUUCCUAGUCUAGAAAGAAAGAAUAAGAGAAGAAAAAUCAAAGGUAAAAAAGAACGUUCUCAGGUAGACCAGUUGUUGGCUAUUUCACUGAGGGAAGAAGAGCUAAGCAAGUCCCUGCAUAGUGUGGACAGCAGUCUCUUGCAGGCUAGGGCUGCCCUGCAGGCUGCGUAUGUUGAGGUUCAACGGUUCCUUGUAUUAAAGCAACAGAUAACCAUGGAAAUGAGUACACUGAGAAGUCAGAGAAUCCAGAUCUUGCAGGGGCUACAAGAAACGUAUGAACCUUCUGAGCUGUCAGAGCAACUUUCCUGCAGUGUCUUAAGUGAGAGAAGAAAUACCAAGUCUCAGAUGGUGACUGAGCUAGUUCCUGCAGGCUCUUUCCUGCCCCUUUUGGACACUUUGUCGUCUUCUGUACCUUCACUGGGAGCUUCUGUUCAUGUAAACAUGCCAUCACCAUUCCAAUCUUCUGCCAUCAUACCUGCUGCUCCUCCUGACUCCUCAGUACAUGUUAAACGAGAACCUGUGUCUCCACAAGGCUCAGAAAAUGUGAAUUGUGUACUCCAGAGCUCUCAGUGUGCUUCACGAGCAGAAGAGGUAGAGCAGAAGGAUGAAGAGACCAACCAGAAAACUUCAGUGUAUCCAGUUAUCUCUGCAACCAUAUCCUUGUCAGAGCUGGCAGCUUGUUUCCAGCGCACUGAUCAAGAUGUUCACAAGCCUGCUGUGGACAGUGAAAAGGCUGGACUUUCUGAAAACCCUUCUCCUCAUUCACCGCCUGUUUUCAGCAAGAAAGAAGAAAAUGAUACAGUGGCUGAAAGCUUUUUACUGGAUCAGUGUAGCCCUUCUCUUCCCAAGCAUUCAGUCCUUCUAGAAAUGCCAAUGGAUAAAAGCCCCAAACUUUCAGCAGAACCAUUCGAGCAACAGACGCCAACCGCUGUAGUCCCAGCAGAAAAAGGGAACAGGAGGAGGAGAAAGUUAAGGAAGAAGAAAACUCUGAGGGCAGCCCACGUGCCAGAGAACAGUGAUACAGAACAGGAUAUAAUUGACUCUAAGCCUGCCCGGAAAGUCAAGGGUGGAAAGGUUCCCAAAGGAGAAAAGGUUACUACAUCCACUCCUCCAAGACAGGAGGAUGGAGCUAUGGCUCAAACAGCAAGAACCAAAGAGGAGAAUGAUAGUGAUGCUUCUCUGAAACUGGUGGAAGUUCCAGCACCCCCAUGUGAGGUGGUUGAUGUUGGUUCAUCGGAGUCAGGAGAUGAAAAGCCAGACAGUCCAUCAAAGAGGCAUUCACGUGGCUCUGUGGAUCAAGCAAUCCUAGGAACGUCUUGCUCUGGUUAUGAUGAAGUGAGCUCUACCAGUGAGAUUGGCACAAAUUAUAGGGAUGAUGUGAAAAAAAGUGUGGCUGAGACACAAACUUCCAUAUCAUCAUCACUAAGAGGAUCAAAGAACUCAUCAGAAGUGUCUUCGGAGCCAGGUGAGGAUGAAGAACCUACAGAGGGAAGCUUUGAGGGACACCUGGCUGCAGUGAAUGCUAUUCAGAUUUUUGGGAAUUUGUUGUAUACCUGCUCAGCGGACAGAACUGUUUGUGCCUACAGUCUGGUUAGCAGGAAGUGUGUGGCCAUCUUUGAAGGACAUACUUCAAAAGUGAACUGUCUCCUGGUCACUCAGACAAAUGGGAAGAAUGCUGCACUCUACACUGGCUCAAGUGACCACACUAUCAACUGUUACAAUAUUAAGUCCAAAGAGUGCAUGGAACAGUUUAAAUUGGAAGAUAGAGUGCUUUGUUUACACAGUAGAUGGCGGAUCCUUUAUGCAGGCCUUGCAAAUGGCAGCGUGGUUACCUUCAGCAUAAAGAACAACAAGCAGCUUGAUACCUUUGAAUGCCAUGGCCCUAGAGCAGUGAGCUGUCUAGCCACAGCUCAGGAAGGAGCACGCAAGCUGCUGGUAGUGGGUUCCUACGACUGCACCAUCAGCGUGCGAGAUGCACGGAACGGGCUGCUUCUCAGAACCCUGGAAGGUCACAGCAAGACUAUACUCUGCAUGAAGGUUGUGAAUGAUCUGGUCUUCAGUGGCUCCAGUGAUCAGUCUGUCCAUGCUCACAACAUUCAUACUGGAGAGCUGGUACGGAUCUAUAAAGGCCAUAACCAUGCAGUAACAGUUGUGAACAUUCUUGGGAAAGUGAUGGUGACAGCAUGUCUGGAUAAAUUUGUUCGUGUUUAUGAACUACAGUCGCAUGACCGCUUGCAAGUCUACGGAGGCCACACAGAUAUGAUCAUGUGUAUGACCAUCCAUAAGAGCAUGAUCUACACUGGAUGCUAUGAUGGCAGUGUCAGAGCUGUGAGGCUUAAUCUGAUGCAGAAUUAUCGUUGCUGGUGGCAUGGAUGUUCGUUGAUCUUCGGAGUUGUGGACCAUCUGAAACAACACUUGCUAACUGACCAUACCAACCCAAAUUUUCAGACUUUAAAAUGUCGUUGGAAGAACUGUGAUGCUUUCUUUACUUCCAGGAAAGGUUCCAAGCAGGAUGCUGUAGGACACAUUGAAAGACAUGCUGAGGAUGACAGCAGGAUUGACUCAUGAAGCUUUUCACCUCCCACAUUGGGAAGUAAUUUUAUAUGUCGGAAUUAUUCCAAAUAACAUCAGUUUCUUACUCCAGUCUUUCCUCUUUCUUUUCCUGCUUGGAAUGCAAAAAUGGAGUGGGGCUGAAAUACCUUGCUACAGAGACUGCAGGUUGUGUUGUACUCUGUAGAAAUAAGGCUGGUCAAUUAAGAUUUGGCCCAAAUGGAAGAUUCUUGCAAGUUUUUAAUUCAUUGACAGAUAAGAAUAUUCCCUCCUCUUGUCUGCCUUGGUGUUUUGUUGUUUGUUUCUUCUGUUAGUUGUUUGGUUUUUUUAAGAAGCAUAGUCUGAGUGUCUUUGGCAAGUUCAGAAGAAUGUUGAGAACUUAGAUUACAAUAGGUGCUGAUGUUUGUAAACUCAGCUUGAAGCCUGUUAAAGUGUCUAAGACAUGUCUGUGUUUGUUGUACCCAGGUUUUUUAGCUGAUUUCAAUAUAAUUCUGCAAAUCAGAAUAUCAAAUUCUAGCAAUGUAACCUUGAACAUCCAUUGUACAUUUUGACUUUCUUCAUAAAAAGGAAAGGUAUUUUAUGGAGAACUGAAAUAAAUUAAUUUUUUUUUAUGUUAAUUGUAACUUAUUUUUUUUCCUUGUGUAAAAAUUGCUAUAACUGGCACAAUAUGUACAGUGACAGACUGCCCUAAAAACUAUACCUCCUGAGAUACUUUUAUUUGGAGGAAAGCAGUUACUUCUUGAGAGGUAUGUAUGCCAGUAGCAGCAAAACAGUGACUCCACACUCACUGUGUUUUGCAAUGUUAGUCUUUUUAAAUAGAGGUCCUUAUGUACAGGAAAGAAGUGGUGUGAGCUUUUGUUUUAGUUAAAUGUCAGCAUAACCACUGCUGUCUUGAUACAACACCACAGCUGGGUUCCAUUUUAUUUGGAAUCCUAGUGACUGAGCUUUGCAGUCCUGUAUCUUCAUGGCAUAGCAAACUAAGAGAAGUGCAAAGGCACUGCCUGUUUAAGUGCAUCUACUUAGGUGGUGAUUUGUUUCUGUUGUGAACUGGCUUAAUUGGCUUGGGCUAUACCAAGUUCACAAAAUCUCAACUGGAAAGAAUGGAGCAGGAUUUUAAAGGAUUUUUUUUAAGUCUAAAGUUCUCAAGCAGAAGCUGAGGAUACAAAAUGCAUAUCACAUGUAAAAGUCUUGUUUCUACUAAUGCACAGAAGAUACCACAAAGAAGUCAGUGCAGAGGGGAAGACUGUUGCUACUUGUUUUAUUUUACAGGUUUCCCUUGGGGUGGAAAACUUUACCCAUUAAAUUCAGUGAAACGUAAUUCUUGCAUUUGCAAUCCUCUCUCCCAUAAUGACACUAAUUUAUCAAGGAGCUCUCUUAAACAAUGAGACUAAUCUAGCAAGGAGCUUUGUCUUCACUUUUGCCUAACUUGCUGCUCAGGAUAAAAAAAGCAGACGUUUUCUUAAACUGUAACAGAAGGUAAAGACAGCCCAGUGUCAAACCUGAGCUGAUUAUAAACGAAUCUAGCACCUUUCAAACAGACUGAAUGUACUCUUUUUACCGGGCACCUCUUUCACCACUACUUUGAGGCUCAAUUUGCCAACCAGAGACCAAAUAAGUUUUAUAGCCUCAUCCUUUGACUAUAAUGAAGCCUUUUUAGGCCAAGAAAGUGACUGAGGAAAGCCCAUGGAUGUUCCACUGCUAUCAAAUCAAGGAACUUCAGGGCCUUCUCUGAAGCACACUAUUUUUCUAUUGUCUUAGUAGACAAACAUAAUUUCUCUGGAAUUGCUUGACAUUGAUGACUUCGUUGUGAGAGUCAGGAGAUAGGAAUGAGAAGUAGUAGCAUCCUACUUCAGAGACAUUGGGAAUCUCUGAGGUUCCAGUGCUUUGUUUGGAGUUUUUUAUUAAGAUGUUUGUGGACAGGAAAAAAACCUAGUAUGUGGCUCAAACCCUAGGCUGUUUUGAGGGUGUUCUUGUUUUGCUUUUUGGGUUGUGUGUUUGUGGUUUUGUGUUGAUUUUUUUGUUGUUGUUGUUGGUUUUGUUUGCAGCUUUUUAAAAUUUCUUUCUGUGGAUGAAGCAAUUUGAGAGAGAAUCCAGUUCAGGGAAGUCUCUGAGCAGUGUAAAUGUUUUCUGAUGCAGGCUGUAUUGCUCUAAACUAGACAGUAUUUGCUUUUUCCAUGACCUAAAAGCAGAAGACUGCAUAAUACUUAAACCAUUUCCAAAAUUAUUCAUAUUUAAGAGGAUAUUCAUGAGUUGUUCUGGGUUUUUGGGGUUUUUGUCUUUUUUUUUGAACCACAAUGAGGGAGCAUGUAGAAGUGUGGCACAAACAGUGUGAACAUAUCAAGCUGUCCUUCAUGGACUGUGGUUGAAGUGAAGGUGUGGAGUUGUGUGUCCUAGGGACAAGCAUGUGGAGUGAUUGUAGCAUUCUGAAAAAUGGUGUGUGAGAGUAAGAUUUUGUUACACCUUGUGAUACUUUACGUUCUUUCAGCUGUUUUCAGGAACGUGGUGUUGCAACAAACACAGUUAUUAUACUUUAUUUGCAUUCCUGAUUGCUUAUUGGGUUUUGGGUUUUUUUUCUAUUUGGUGGAAGCAAAUUAUUUUUCUUUCAGUCCAUGGUAUUUCCUUAUCUGUCCUUGAAAACAGUCUUCCUGAAAAGUCUGGACUUCUGAAAUCCAACUUCAGUUUUAGCAGUGAUGUCUUUUGCUACUUUAUAGGUAAUUUCAGAUAUAUUGUAAGAAUCUCAAAAUGGUUAAGAAGUAGGAAAAUAGCAGGGUGGCAGGAAUGUUUAUAAAAUUUUGCUUCAUAAAUUAAAAACAAUUUUGAAAAUUGCUCAGUGCUUCUGAACAGAAGAAAAUGCUGCGCUGCUUUGUCCUGAGGAGAUCUUAAAAGGAUUUGCUAUGAAGUUAUUGUGCAUCCAUGGAAAUGCCCAGGCCUCUCUAGAGUUCUGUGGGUAUGUUUCCUACUUGAAUAGCAGGAAUUUGGUGCAGCUUUUGCUGUUGGCCAUUCACUUCUUUCAGAGGCAAUUGUGGAAGAGAGAUGCCACACUGAUGUAUUGGCUUGGUAACCUUUAAUGAGAUCCUCUCUGGUCUUGCAACUUAGGGUUUUGACUCCUGAUAUACCUCCAGUCAAAGAGUGUAGUAACUUUGGGAAGGUAGUCUAUUUGUGAAAUUUAAGUGUAAUAUUUGCAUGAAAAGCAGUACUGCACAUCUGAAGCUUGUUUCAGGACUAUUUUUGUUUUCAGUUUUUUUUUUUAUGCAAGCAAAAAGUUGUGGGUGGAAGAGUGACUAGAGUGAGGGUUUGUCAUGUGGUUAGCUGUGUUCAUUUUAUCAGGAAAAUAUUAAAUAAUGAGCUCUGGACUUGCUAUAUGGCUGACUACAUAUGGCAUGCCCUUUGGAGGGCAAGGCACCAUUUCCCUCUUAGCAGGACUGAUGUUGCGCCUGAGCCGCCUCAGCAGGCAAAGUGCUCAGAGGCAUUGUAUGCUUUUAUGCCAGAAUAGGCCAGGUGCUCCUGGAAACCAGUUAAUAUCAAUAUCAUUCUCUUCAAAAGCGUGAGAUCUUCUUGUGCCAUAGGCAUACCAAGACUUGCCUGAGCUUGUAGUAGCCUAAAAUGGUCACAAUGUUCACAUGUGCUGCAGAGCUUGACCUUCCCCAACCCCGAUAGCCUCACAUGUAUUUGAAUGAUAAGAUAAUGCUAGAAUUGGUCUAUGUUUUUUUUCUCCUUCAAAUCACAGGGAAAAAACAACAGCUAACUGGCAGCCCAAAAUACUCUGUGGCCUAAUGCUGCUGCAUCCAUUGGUACGAAGAUGCAUUAAAUAUCCCAGCUUCUGCUUGCCUUGUGUCACUUAUGUGUGGAUUGCAGACUUGAAACAUAGCAGCAGCGCACGAGCUGACCUCUGUAAAAUAGAGGAGUUUGGCCAUGCAGUGUGUUUAGUGUAGUUCUUAAUGCCCAUUUUCAAACUGUACAAUAAUGCCAGAUCGAGGUAAAUGAUAACUGAAAACACUCAAAACCACACGUUCCCAGAAACAAAAAUCGGGUAUUGAGAAGAUAUUUUUCCCUUCUUUUGAAUUAAAACACAGGUACAGGUGAAUCUUGGUUUUCAGGCUUGCAUGGUACUAUCAUUCACAGUCUAAGUUGUCCAGAGUUGCAGAACAUGUGAAGGAGGAUAAGCAAACGGUUUCAGCUACACUUUGUAAAAUGUUUAAUCGUGAAAAAGCAAACUGUGUAGGUAUAUAUUCUGUUAUAGGCACCUGCCAUCUUCUCAAAUUUCAUUUUGCUGUAAGUGUUAAACAGUCUUUUUGAAGAAUGGAAAUGGAAUAAAACAUGAUUGAAUAUUUAAUAAGCUGUGUAGAACAUGUGCACAGGUUGACCUUGGUUUUCUUCUCUCACUUUGGUACAAAGCUGUGAGCAUAAUAAUGAAACUUUACACAGCAAAAUAA